GGGCUGCCACUUUCCCGGUUCCCCGCAUUUCUAUGCCGGUGCUUGGACCACUUGACGGAAUUUCCGAGCUUGCCGACUUUCCUCCUUCUCCGCACCCCUUGGUUCUCGAAUGCCACCUUCUGCGCCUCGCUUGGCUCGCGCGAUGAAGUAUCUCCUGCUUGAUCUCAAUGGAACGAUUCAUGUAGGUGACACGCCCACCCCUGGUGCACUCGCUGCCCUAGAGAGGCUGCAGAAGGCAAGUCAGGGUGGAGAGAAGUUCAAAGUGCGCUUCUGCAGCAACUCGUCAAAAGAGUCUUCGUCUUCCCUGAUUGCUCGGCUACGAAGCAUGUCCUUCCCGGCUGCUCUAAUCCCUCCAGAAGACGUGUUCACCUCUCUAGACGCAGCUCGCCGCCUCUUUGCCUCCACCUCGAACGGCUCCGCCCCGCUGCUGCUUCUCUCUCAGUCCGCUCAAGAGCCAUUUCAAGACUUGCCAGGAGCGUUUCAUGCCAAGGCGGAUCGUCUGCCGAGCGAGCUGAACGUUGAGGAGCAACAGAAGCUGCGAGCAUGCGAUGCCAUUGUGAUAGGUCUGGCGCCAGGUCUCAUGCGGUAUGAAUGGCUCGAUGAAGCUUUUCGUCUACUGUCUGGCGAGUACGGAUCUAAAACUGUUCGGCUGAUUGGCACGCAUCGAGCGUUGUACCAUCGGCCGGGUGGAAAAGGCAAAGAUGGAGCACAGAAGCAACCUCUCAGCCUGGGGCCGGGAGCCUUCCUGGCCGCUCUCGAAGAAGGGGCUGGGUUGAGCAGGGAGAACACAGUGACGGUCGGCAAGCCUCAGUGGACCUUCUUCGAGGAAUGUCUGAAGGGAAUGGGAUGGAGCUCCGAUGCAAAGGUUGGCGCAAAUGGUAAGGAUGAAGUUUGGAUCGUCGGCGACGAUGCCACUCAAGACCUUUCAAUUCUCAAAGCGGGACCAGACUCUCUGCCGGCCGACCUAAACAUCAAGAGAGCUCUUGUCAAGACAGGCAAGUAUCGUGACGGGGACGAAGGAAAGGUCACCCCACUUGAGAACCAGGGCGCAGCCGAACACAACAAACUCGUCGUCAGCGAGAGCUUUGCGGCGUGGGUAGAUGGAUUCUUGAGCGGACAGGAGGAUAUAGCAUCGACCUGAAAUAUCCUCAUGUCCCGAUCGGUGGCUUUGAGGACGCCAAUUCGCCACGAACGAAAGCCAGUCUGCUACACAUCUUCAGGACGUCUGUGUUGGUGACAAUCGACGACAUGGCUGCAAUGAUACGAUCCCCUGCACACGUCUGAUAACAUUUGCCCAGUACCAA